AUCAAAGUGCACAUGGAAUUUCUGUUCUCUGUUGCGACAGUGUCCUCAUGGUCGUGGACCCCCCAUUGCAAAUGCUGCACGUUCGCAGUCAAUAUGAUCCACAUCGGUACCAAAGAAUUGGCGGGUGGCUCUGAAAUCCGUCGAGAGUGGAGUUUGGAGUAACCGUAAUUUUCCUCAAAGAGAGACCGUGAGAGCAAUUCGAUGGUCAAGCUUACAUAUGCGUUUCCAGAGCACCAAAACCAGGACUCAACGCUACAUCGAUCUUGAAGUUCUGCGACAGGACCAUAUGAAUCGAAUGCUCGCAACACUGGUUUAGUUGUGUCUUGGUUGAAGAUCCCGCCCAGAUCUAUAAAUAAUUUGAAAAUGUUGAAAAAACUCAGUUGUGUCUUGGUUUGACAAUGAAAAAACUCAGCUCAAGAAGCAAGAUGGGCAGCACCUCGAAAACCGCCCAAGCUGAGGGGAGCCGCGCCACCACAAUGAAGAAGGCGAAAGUUGUCUUGAAAAAGAACCGAACACCUUUGUGCAGAACCGCUGCCAGUGGGUAUGUCAAGCCCUUCACGAAGUUUCAGGAGUUGCAAACGGAGAAGAGCCCGAAAACGAGAGAAGCGUUCUUCCGGCUGGUCGAGGACUUUCUGCAAAAAUACCAAAACCCGAAAGUACAAAACCAGUACGCUAUGCGACAGUGCAGCGUGUUGAAUCUGUUCCGAAAACGGCAGGAUUUGUUUCCGUUCGAGCCGAAGACCGCCCAUGAUAAAGUUUUGGACUGGUUGGUGAAGAACUAUGCUGCGUUUGCAAAGCGGGUCAUUUUGGAAAAUUCUUGUGUGCAGAAAUGACGAGUAAAUAGGAAACGGAAAAAACGCAGAUAAGAAGCGGGAGCGAGCAUUGCUGAGUACGGCGAAUAAUGUACUUAGGAUAGUUCUUCGUCAUUUUCACUUCAUCUCGUUGUCGUUUCACAAGAU